AACCUUUCCAAAAGGGACCCUUUUGCCAUCCACCGGCAGCACAUGAACCGCAUGCUUUCUGGAAGUUUUGGGUUUGGCCCACUCCUUGGCAUCACGGAUGGGACCACACCUGGGGCUCGCCAGGCUGGCCGCAGGAUGCAGGCAGGAGCUGUUUCACCCUUUGGGAUGCUCGGCAUGGCAGGUGGCUUUAUAGAUAUGUUUGGGAUGAUGAACGACAUGAUUGGAAACAUGGAGCAUAUGACAAGUGGUGCUAACUGCCAGACAUUUACCUCCUCAACUGUCAUCUCCUAUUCCAACCUGGGUGAUGGACCCAAAGUCUAUCAAGAGACCUCAGAGAUGCGCUCAGCACCUGGUGGGAUCCGUGAGACAAGGCGGACCGUAAGGGACUCGGACAGCGGCUUGGAACAAAUGUCGAUUGGACACCACAUCAGGGAGCGGGCCCACAUCAUGCAGCGGUCCCGGAACCAUCGCACGGGUGACCAGGAGGAAAGGCAGGACUACAUCAACAUGGACGAAAGUGAUGCAGCUGCAUUUGAUGAUGAGUGGAGGCGAGAGACGUCCCGUUUCCGGCCACAGCGAGGGCUGGAUUACAGACGUCAUGAAGGCAGCAGUGGCCGUCGGGCUGAAGGGACUCGCCUUGCAAUCCAGGGCCCUGAGGAUUCUCCCUCCAGACAGUCCCGUCGGUAUGACUGGUGAACUCGGAGCAGACCUUGUGGGGGGUGCAGCGUGGCCACCCCCAAAUCUACCUACACGCUCUUGUACAGACAGUGAAACUCUGAAGCCCUUUCAAAGCACCACUUGGACCCUCCUCAAAUUUAGUAUUAACCUCCCUCCCACUUAAGAAUUGAAAACAAAGCAACUAAUCUUCUGCAUUGCUCUUUUUUGCCCCGUUUGGGUGCUGUAGUGGGGCGUGGGGAAUCUCACUGAUGUGCAAGGAACACAUUAAAUGCCCAUUCCCUUUCUGCUCUCCCUUGGUUCUGUUCUUUCUGCCAGUAGUGGUGGGCAUGAGGAGCUGCCACCUCGCCUCUUCCAUCCUUUCCGCUCUUUCUGUGCUGGGUUGGGCUGGUUCUGAAGUUUGUGUUUAGUCCCCUGUGAAGGAAAGAUGAGGGAAUUGUGCUAGAACCCCGUGUCGGUCCCCUCGCUGGGACAGAGGCUUCGAUUCCCCUCCUGCUCCUCGGCGUGGCUAUGGAGAAGCAGAAGGAUGUGUGCGUUAGAGAAGGGAGGAGCAGAACAAAAGCUGGAUCAGCCUGUGGGCCCCCCCCAACCCCUCUUCGAUCAGCUCCCCCACUUUUUUAAUUUGUGAAACUUGUAACUAGAUGUU